GCAAUGUUUGAGGGUUGAAGUUAGUUUGCAUACCAUUGGUUCGCAGGGGCGACGGCAGGAGUCAAAUUUGGGGAGCAGCGCGUGUGAAGUCCAGAGACCUCAAUUUUCCCAUCCAGUUUUCUUUUUUCUCGCCUUCGUUUGUCACUUUCGAGAAUCCCUUCAGUAUGAGAUUUUUACACUCGUUACCCUUUGUCUUUGGUUUGCUGUCUCAGGCUCUCGCAGAUGUUGAAUUCACUGUGCCCACAGUCGGUUCUACGAUUAAGGGUGGGGGUGUCAUAACAGCCUACUGGAAGGACUCUGGCAAAUCCCCCAGGAUUUCGGAGCUUUCACAGUACAAUCUAUAUCUUUGCGCAGGUGGAGACUCCACAGAUACCUAUGAAGAAAUAGCUACUCUCGCGACAGAAGCAGCUUUUCCUCGGGGGAAUAUGGUUUCAUUUAGGAUUGACUCAGAUGUGGGUGGUAAUGAGACGAAUGCAUAUUUCCUGAAAAUGGUUGCAUCUGGCCCAGAAGCUUCUAUUAUCAACUAUUCAAGUCGCUUCACGCUCACCGGCAUGAGCGGCUCUUUUUCAUCCCAUCUCAUGAAUGGAAUCAAUUCUGUCGUUGACUCUAAUGCUUUACCCAUUGGAGAAGAACAUGAGCGGGAGGAACUUCGAAAGAGACAGAAUGUUGGAGCAUAUACCAUCCCGUACAGCUUACAGACUGGGCCAACGAAAUAUGCGCCGAUGGCUAAGCAGCCAGGGAGUACAAUUCCGGCCAAGUCUCCAACACCCCAAUAUCCAACCAGUCACUAUUCAAUUGCUACGACAUAUCUUCCUGAAGCUACUGUUCAACAAACCCUUUCUGCCGCUGCAACCUACUCGGUUUCUAGUGUUGAAAACACAGCAUCUCCUGCGCCGCACCCUCAUGAUAAGAAUAACUAAUGGCUCUUAGAAAGAUGGAAGGACUGAGCCUUUUUGUUCAUGGCGGAGUUUAGGGAUGGGAUAUUCUUCAGUGCAACUGGUUGCCAUAGCUCACUUCCAGCUUCUCUACCUUCUGUAUUUUUGAAGUUCUAGGGGGGCAUUUUGGAAUUAAAAACAAUCAUCUUAAUUUAUGCUUGUCACGUCAAUUAAUAAUAAGAGCCAGUGUUUCAAUCUUUUGAUAUACUCCCAACGGCCAUGAAUUUCAAUCAUUUUCGGUAGCCUGAU